ACUCCUAUCAACCCCCAUAGGGUAGGUAGAUAAUUUCUCGGUUUGCCAAUUUUUUGGUAAUUACUUUCGCUUUGCCGUUUGUAUGAAUUUCUAGCAGGUGGUGGCUGCGAGUCUUUUGUGCUCAUCGUACCUAUAUUCAAACAUUCGUUGGCCUUUGACCUUUGUCUAUAUUUAUAAUAAUUCAGUCGUUAUUCUGAUCCCUCCAAAAGAGGUUUCGCCUCUUUCGCUUUCGAAUAACGGAUUACGGAUUACUCUUGCUUGAAACACCCGAGAAAGCACAGCUGCUUUAGUUAUAAAUACUGAAAGUAGUGUAGCUUGUAUAUAUAAUAUAAGUCGACAAACUUGUUGAGACUCCUAUUUGACCCUCCUCCCUUUGAUCGGCUAUCAUACGCACGCCUUCCUCAUCCUAGUGUUUGCUUGCUCAAGCAUACACGUGUGGAGGAAGUGUCCGUUGCUGUGGACUAAGUCAAAUAUCCACCAAUUGAUAAUAUAUAUACUAUUCCCGGCUUCAUUCGCUUGAUACGCCCACAAGUAUCCCGUGCUGUAUAUAGGUACAUACAGAGACGCACGCGACUCAACUGCUCUCGACUACGGUACAUAUACAUAAUUACCGAUAUAAUAAUACCUUAAUAUUCGUCAAAUCAACAUCUAUAAGAUGCUUCGAUCGAUACCAGCCCUGGCUGUGGCCUUGCUGGGCGCUUCUGCUGUACUCGCUGAGUCUGCGCCUUUCUGUUCCCUCACUAACAAGUGCCCAGAGGAGACUCCUUGCUGCUCUCAAUACGGACAAUGCGGCGUUGGCGCGUACUGCCUCGGCGGAUGCGACCCGCGCAUGUCCUUUUCCCUAGAUUCCUGUGUCCCCGAGCCCGUGUGUCAGUCUAGGACGAUGAAGAUGGAUAGCACCGACCGCAUCGCUGAUGCCUCGAAAUACCUUGGUGAUCCUUCCAAGGCUGAUUGGGUUGCUCAGGGCAACCCUCUCUCCCACAAUGGAAAUGUUCUCUUGACUAUGCCGGCUCACUCCGCCGGAACUGUUCUCGCCUCAACUGUCUAUAUGUGGUACGGAAAUGUCAAGGCUAACAUAAAGACGUCGAAGGAUGCUGGUGUUGUUACAGCUUUCAUUCUGCUCAGCGAUGUUAAGGACGAGAUCGAUUUUGAGUGGGUUGGUACCGAACUGGAUAUUGUUCAGACAAACUACUACUUCCAGGGCAUACCCAAUUAUUCCCAUUCUGGCAACAUCACCGAUUCGGACAUUAAAAACACCAAUACCGAAUGGCACACCUACGAGAUUAGGUGGACUCCGGACAAGAUCGAAUGGCUUGUAGAUGACAAGCUUGGUCGGACGUGGGAGAAGUCAAACACCUGGAACUCUACCACCAACCAAUGGGAAUUCCCCCAGACACCCGCCCGAGUUCAACUUUCUAUCUGGCCUGGUGGUGACGAGAAGAACGCUAAGGGCACGGUUGACUGGGCCGGUGGAUAUAUCGACUGGGAGAGUGACGCCAUCAAGAAGGACGGGUACUACUACGCCACCGUCGGCGAGGUUACUAUCGACUGCUACAAGACGGACAAGGCGCCCGGCACCAACUCGGGCAAGAGCUACGUCUACAACGAUGCGAGGGGUACCAAUGAUACCGUUGUGGAUGGCGACUCCAACACCGUCCUGAAGUCGCUAUUGGGUACCGGCCUUGAUAUGGACAAGGACUAUCCCACGGGCUCGAGCGCGUCAUCGAGCUCGCAGAAUGUCGUUCCCGGCCUGAGCGGUGGCGGGCCUGGUACUAAUGGAGAAGCGGCCGGUGGGAGCGACGGUAGCUCGGGCAGCGGCGCUACUCCCGCAGGUAGCAGCCCUAGCGCCGUCUGCACGGAGAGUUUCCAACAGGUUUGUGGUGGCAACAGCAACCCUAACCAAGGUAUGCGACCAGAGCGUACUUUCGGCGCGAGCGCGUUCGCCGCCCUCAUUGCUGUUGGCGCUAUGCUUUGGCUUUAAGUUGCGGAUUGAAUUCCUGUGUUAUACGUAUGUGUGUAUAUAUAUCAACCUUACAAAAACGAGUCUAUGGGGGUUUCCUUAGGUUCUGGGUCCGCACGACCUCUUGGGCGGCUCUUGCGUAUGGACCACGAUAUCAAUCUGCGGAGGUAAUGGCGCGAUGCCGUCCGCUCCUUUUAUGGAUACGGCUUUGCAUAUCGAUGUGGGUAUGCUGUCACCGAACGAACGAACUACGGAAACGUUGUGCCCUUAGGUACAUAGGGUUUAAUGAGAUCCGCUAGUAUAAAUAACUUGUAUAUAAUUAAAAAGAAAUUAGGAAUAUGGAUAUUCAAUUGAGCUUGG